CAUACGCAUCGGAUGCAGAUGUUACUACUUGAUUCAAGGUCUGUUGUCUUAACUGAAUCGCUGGAAAAAGCUCCGUCUUUGGGUCCUUUUUAUUACGUCAGAUAAAGAUGAUACUUGAAGAAAAAACUCCUCCGAGUAAGUCUGUGGACUCCUAUGUACGAGAAUACUGUCAGUACACAACAACACAUGGGUUCAGCAGACUUUCCGAAGCUCGCGAUCGUGGUGUUUCAUGGCACGUGUUUUGGAUUUUCAUGUUAAUCGGAGCCCAUUCUUUAUUUUAUUAUCAUACCUAUCUACUAAUCCAAKACUACAUGGCAAAACCCAUCAGAACUAAAGUAACGAUGAGACAUGGCAAGAACUUGGCAUUUCCUACUGUUACAAUUUGCAAUCAAAACUGUCUAAGAAAGAGCAAAGUUCCCUUGGAUUUUAAAAAUGAAAUUACAAGAAUUACAAGAGCAGCAAGUGGAAAAAAGACGAAAAAUACAACACGCAAAUCCCCAAGUAAAAGCGCUUUACCAGAUCCUAAAUUGAAACAUGCUGACCAUGCUGAAUGGGAACUAAUUCGAAACCUUUUUAAUAAAUAUGACACAAAUGAACUGAAAGAAUAUGGGCAUCAAUUGGAAGACAUGAUACUGGACUGUAGAUUUAAUGGCGAGGACUGUACGCCGGGGAGUGCUCAGUACGAUGAAGCUUUCACUUGGCGUCAUGUUUGGCUAGACGAAGUUGGAAACUGUUAUAUGUUUAAUCGAGGCCUGGAUGAUAAUGGGAAGAAUGUUGAUAUAUACAGGUCAACCUUGCCUGGAGAUAUGAAUGGACUACAGCUGAUUUUGAAUGUUGAGCAGUACGAAUAUUUAGACGACAUAUCACCAUAUGCUGGAAUUAGAGUUGCUAUAGCAACACAAGGCCAAAUGCCAUUCCCUCAAUCACAUGGAAUAGACCUUGCUCCCGGUUUCUCCACUAGCAUUGAAUUAAGAAAGAACCACAUUACAAGAUUGGAUUCGUUUAGGAACAACAGUUGCGAAAAGACUGGUAAACUAGAGACUGCGAGCGUGUUUUGGCUUUACAACAUGACCUACUCAAAAAURGCAUGUAAAAUGUCCUGYCUUAUUUCAAUGCAAACCCAUAAAUGUAAAUGUGCGCAGUUCCAUCUAGCGACUAUCAAGGACUAUCGGUUCUGUGAUUAUUCCAACACCACAAUCACUGAAUGCCUCGAUGAUGUAUAUAGCCAGUUUCUCGAUGGAAUAUGUGACACAAAAUGUCCCCCUCCCUGUUCGGAGGUUUACUUUACUACAACUAUAUCCUCAUCGAAGUGGCCUUCAAAUAGUUACAAGAAAAGACUAAAUGAAUCACUCAAAAACGACUACCAGCUGUCGAUGACAGAGGAUGAGAUAAGUGACAACCUGAUAGAGAUGCAUGUCUACUUUGCGGACCUGGACUACGUUCAUGUAGAGGAGACACUCAAAUAUGAGUUUCAAGAYAUAAUAUCCAAUGUUGGUGGUCAGUUGGGGAUGUGGAUUGGUGUCUCCGCUCUCUCUAUAGCUGAAGUCGUCGAGCUCUUCAUUAUUGUAGUUAAUUUUCUUAUCAAUAAGAGGAAAACGCAAAGUGCUGUUAAUGUUCAGCGUAUUGAGGUGACACAAAGUGACGSCAGGUGAAAAUCAAUUGGUGAGAAGAAGGUGAACUGAGUCACAUGACAUGCAAGGCAUGCUUUGAGUAAAUAAUACUGUGCGUUCGCAACACAGUCUAUUCACAACAAGCACGCUAGAACGAGCACGAAUUAAAGAUUUAGUCGUUGAACUGAUAUGUCAGUGUUUAAGUUAAACUAAAAUCAAGCAGUCGGUGGAUAAGAUGUCAUUCGAUACUGUAUUGGCACUAAAACAACCGGUAAGAUUGCAGUUUCCAUUACUCAAUAGUAGAAUAACAGAACASGAGUCUUGCUUCUUUUUAUAAGAAUUAUACUAUAUUGAUUAUUUUGAUAUCAUCUUUAAAUACGAUUGUAACAUUAGUGCAUGAACAGCCUAGUUGCAUGUUGCACAUAAAAUCAUUAAGMAUUACUGCAGUCUGUAUCGUGAAAUGGAGAGAAAACAGGAAUAUUGUCAAAUGUAUGCAAGUGUAUGCUACUGAAUGUCAUCUGAUAUUGACAUUAAAAUGAAGGAUGUUUUAGAUACAAACAACACAAUAAACCCACGAAAAGUUGUUUUUUUAAAA